UUGUGUAGCUUUGGUCGGAUUCCAAAGAGUACUUCAGUCCACAGUUCAUAAACAAAAAAUUAUUUUGACCUUGAUGAUUAAGCAUUUCUUUGAUGAUUAGUUCAAUGGAAAUGAACAUAGGUAUUAAUGAUCAACAUUAAUUUUUUAUAUUACCUAAGACAGCGAAUUAUAAAUAUAUCCGAAAAUUUCAAUGGAACAAUUAUUUGUCUUCCAUUGACAAUGGCAAUGCUGUGAUUUGAUUAGGAAGUAACGAAACAACAUAUAUAUACCAAAACCUAAAUUGGAAGGAAGAAUUCUCUGUUGAAAAUGGCAGCUGUUUCCCCUUCUCCUCUUGAUGAGUUUUCCCCUAAGCAGCCUAGAGUGGUCAUUACGACUCCUGACCUGAUAACAAUAGAGGAAGGAAAGCCUACUCCUUCACAAGCAUCAACAACAGAUAUUCCUGUAGUUUCUCCAAACAACGCCCAUAAGAUAAUUGCAGAGAUGGUGGGAACCUAUGUGAUUGUAUUAAUAGGUUGUGGUUCGUUGAUCGUUGACCGUAUAAAUGGGCCGCUCUCAGUUGUUGGUAUAGCAGUGGCUUGGGGUCUGGUUGUGAUGGUGAUGAUAUACACAUUCGGCCAUAUCUCUGGAGGUCACUUUAAUCCAGCUAUUACUAUUGCUUUUGCUAUAUCCUGCAAGUACCCAUGGAGACAGGUUCCAGGAUAUGUAGCAUCACAGUUGGCAGGAUCUACACUGGCAAUCCUGACCCUUAAUGUGAUGUUCCACCGUGAGAAAAUAGAUAUCAAGAUUACAACAACUCAGUAUGAGGGUAGAGCAACUGAUCUUGAAAGCUUUAUAUGGGAGUUUAUAACCUCGUUCAUUCUAAUGCUCACAAUAUGUGGUGUUGCUAUUGAUACUAAAGCAAUUAACGAGUUGUCUGGAGUUGCAGUUGGGUCUGCAAUGCUAUUUGACAUGCUAAUUGCAGGGAACAUAACAGGGGCUUCAAUGAACCCUGCAAGAAGCAUAGGCCCUGCCCUUGUUUCAAAGGAUUUUUGCGGUCUUUGGGUCUAUAUUUUUGCUCCCAUUCUUGGAAUGAUAGCUGCUUCAACCAUGUAUACUUUCCUCUGGCCUCCCACUCAAAAUGUUGAUAAAGACAACUCAAAGAGUGUAUAGCCAUUCUUCCUUUUUUCUUUUCCCUUCAAAUUGGA